CGCUGCUGCCGGGCGGGCGCGGCCAUCGCUGCCCGCUGCGCUCCGGCAUUCCCGCGCGGCCUCGCCAUGGCCAAGAGCAAGUUCGAGUACGUGCGGGACUUCGAGGCGGACGACACGGUGCUGCCCAACUGCUGGAUCGUGGUGCGGCUGGACGGCCGCAACUUCCACAGGUUUUCUGAGCAGCAUGAAUUCAAAAAGCCAAAUGAUGACCGUGCUCUGAAUCUGAUGACCAAGUGUGCCCAGACAGUGAUGCAAGAACUGGAGGAUAUUGUUAUUGCUUAUGGACAGAGUGAUGAAUAUAGUUUUGUUUUCAAAAAGAAGAGCAGGUGGUUUAAAAGAAGAGCAAGUAAGUUCAUGACUCAUGUGGUCUCCCAGUUUUCCUCAAGUUACGUGUUCUAUUGGAAGGAUUACUUUAAGGAUCAGCAGCUACUGUACCCACCAGGAUUUGAUGGACGAAUUGUGUUGUAUCCCAGCAAUCAGAAUUUGAAGGACUACCUCAGCUGGAGGCAAGCAGACUGCCAUAUUAAUAACCUUUAUAAUACAGUGUUCUGGAUGCUUGUACAGCGAAGUGGUUUGACACCAGUGCAAGCACAGGAGAGGCUCCGGGGAACUUUGGCUGGAGAUAAGAAUGAAAUCUUAUUUUCUGAAUUCAACAUCAACUACAACAAUGAACCUUUGAUGUAUAGAAAAGGAACUGUCCUAAUAUGGCAAAAGGUUAAUGAAGUCAUCACUAAGAAAAUAAAACUGCCAAAGGAAGAAGAAGAAAAAGAAGUGGAAGUGACCCGGACUAAGACUAAAGUUGUUCCCCUGCACUGUGACAUCAUUGGGGACCAGUUUUGGGAGGAAUAUCCUGGGAUUCUGGCUGAGGAUAGUUGAUAUCUCUGAUGACCAUAACUAGUAGUUUACAUUUUGCUCUGCUUGGGUUGUUGGCAAGCGAGGAAUACAAAUGGUGGCUGGCAGAGUUUGACCUGUAACCCUGUUCAGCAGCUACAUUGGGGUUAGCACUGUUGCUGCCUAAAAAGAAAACACUGGUGCUGUCUGACAUACAGGAUAUGCCCACGUGGAAAGCUAAAAUCAUAUAUUUUGAAUGUUAAGAGCUCAUCAUGAAUUAGAGACUGUUCCUGCCUUGUACAUAUGUAUUUGUAAAAAAAGUAUGUAGAAAUUUCCUGUAUUUCUAUAACAUUUAAACAAUGAGGUAUUUUUUUCAACUGCUGGACUAUAAAAAAGCCCACAUAUGUGAACAGAAAACUAAUACAUUGAUUUUUUUUUUUUUCAACUGAGAUGGACCAGAAUACUUCAAUUGGGAUUUAGUAUUAAAUUUCAAGGCUGGUGUGUUUAGUCAGAUGAGUGACUAACCAUUCAACUGCCUGAUGUCUGAUUCUUACUGAAAUGCAAUGGAGUAGCCCAGCAGUUUUGUAUGGUAGAUUUUAAAAGUAUUUGUCAUAUAUGCAGGAUUUUUAUACUUUAAAAAAAUAUAAAUAAUAGUACCUUCCCUGCUGUGUUUCAUUAUGUGGCCUUUCUCAUUCCUGGGACUUGUACUAGUAAGUGGUGACACUUCCAAACAGUGAAGUUAAUAAUAAAUACACUGUACAGGUUGGAAUUCUGUUAGGGCAUGGGUAGACAUCUUUCCUCAUAUUCCUUGGCCUGGGAAUUCACCUGUCUCCUAUUGUGCACAGCACAGCAUAUUUUAAAAAAAAUAAAGUACAACAUAGCAGAACAUUCCAGGUGCCUGCAAAGAGGGAGCCAACAACAAUUUGUGCUGCUGUUUUCUGAUCUCCCUGGGAAUGACACAGACAGAGCAGUGCUGCCAAUCCGUGUUUGUUGGAGGAAAGGGAGGAGUGUGUGUUGCCUGCUCUAUGCACAGUUCUGUUCUGCUUUAACUGUCACUUAAAACCUUUUGUCAAAAUCGACCUCUCAGAGCAGAAAUAUUUCUGCUAAAGGAUAGGGGCUUGUCCCAGUGUAACUGGAAUUGGAGGGAAAUAACCUAUUUCAGUGUAGAAGUACAGCUAUAAUGACAGGUGUUGAUAUGGCUAUUACUGCUUCUAACCAAGCUGGUUUCAAAACCAUCCCAGAACAGUAACUGGACCAGUUGUUACUAAUGAGAAAUGGUCAGCAGUUGGGCCUGACCAGAAAAAUUCAAAGAAAGGAUCAAGAAGGUCCAGUACUGAGUUAAAUUCCCAUGAAUUCUCUUAUCAGCCUACUCUGUUUCCCCUUUCUGCAGAAGAAUUUACACAUUUAAGGCAAUGUGGUUUUGGUGUUUGUUUCUUUUUUAAAAACCUCUGAACCAGGUGCUGAUGUAAACUUCAACUUUGCAAGUUCUUUCUGAGAUUAGGCAAUGAGCCUGUGAGUUUAUAACAGCACAGGGUUCUCCCCUGCUUCUCUGUACUGGUUAAAUACAUGCAAUGAGAGAAUGUAUUUUGUUAUCUUCUAGCACACAUGCAAUUUACUUGACUUUGAAAUUCCAUGUUAACUGCUUGGUGCCUGACUUUGGAUACAUACAAAGCAACUGUUCCAAAACUGGUAACAGCUGGAUUUACUCAGCCUGGUAACAGAUGAAACAUUAAAAAAAUUAUUUGUCAGCCAUGAUUUAUGUUUGGAAAGUAUUAUAUAGGUUUUUUAUUUUAUAUUAUGGCUGCCUGAUACAUUUUACAGUAUCUUUAUGUAUGUAUAUUGUGUGUGUAUAUAAAAAAACAGGUCUGUAUUAGGUCUAAUUAACUCAUUCUUACAAUUAUAGGGAAUAAGUCAACAUAGCUGUUCACAUAUGGAUGCAGACUUUGGAACCAAGAUAAGGAAUCUCUGUACAACCAUGGUCUUUAAUUUGUAUUAAGAUAUAUGCUAGAGGAAGAAAAUCCCUGUGGUAUCCUUAUGCAUACAUAAGGUGUACAUGUAUAUGACUCCUGUAGGGGAAAGUAACUAUUCCCAAGUUAGCAGCCUGGUGUAGGUGGCACAGACAGCACACAGGUAUUUCUGUAGCUGCAGGAGUCCUGCACGGUGCCCAGUGAAGAAAGAGGUGUUUCCUCUGAAGUUGGUGAAACAUUAUGAAACAUUAAUGGAGGCGGUGAAUCAUUAUAGUAAAACCUAUAAAAAAGUGUUUCCUUGCUGUUCCUCAGUGAAA